UAUUUAUAAAAAUUUCCUGAAAAAAUGUUUCGCAAUAUUGAUAAAAAUUGCAUGACCUUAUGCUUUUAUUUUCCGAUUAAAUACCAAUAUAUCAGUUGAUUUUCUUUACUAUUCCUCUAACUGGGCGAGUCUUUUAAUUAAUCACACAAACCGAACAUGUUUUGCAAUCCACACAUUUCUUCUUUCUAUUUAUAUCGGACUUCGUGGAAAAUGACGUCACUGUGCAUUCGUGUCGAGACUUUCAAUAAAACGUGCUCAGUAUGCUCAUAGCUUUCGCCACGAACAGAAUUUGUUAAUUCAAAAUCAGCCAAAACUAAAUUCUGGCCCAAAUUUGCCUGAAGAAAUGGAAGAAAUAAUUGAUGAAGAAGAGAAGGAGGAGAGAAAAAAGAAACAAAAACGAAAAGAGAAAUCAUGUUUUCGAAUAUGUUUCGAGGGUUGCGACGAAGAUGAUGUCAUUGAUGACACCAUUGAUAACACGUGUGAUAUUUGUUAUUGUUUCUGUCGUGAAUCUGAGGGAUGUUGUUCACCCACAGGGUGUUGUGCAAAUGGCUGCUGUGAAGGUGACUGCUGUGCAGAGUGUUGUGCAGAUGAUUGUUGUGAAAAUGGAGGAAAUGGUGAAAGCGGUGGCGGUGGCGGUGGUUGCGGAGGUGAUUGUAAUGGUAGUAUUGGCGGUGGCAGUGGCGGUAGCAUUGGUGGUGGCAGUUGUGGUGGCGGUAGCGUUGGCGGUGGCUCCGGUGGGGGUGGUGGAUGUGACGACUAAACAAUUUCCUUAAUGAAAACUACUUUAUCCACGCCUUGUACAUCUAUCAAGUAAAACUGUUUGAUUGUUAUUGCUGAGAAUAAUGGAGGAUGAUCUAGACAGGAAAAGCAAUGACAAACCUCAAUUUUCAUAGAAUUGUUGAAUGCAUUUAUUAUUAUAUUUUAGUACAAUAAGGAUACGCUAAGAACAAGCAUUUUGCUAACGCGGUUAUAAUCUUAUUAAGCUUUAAGUGUAUAGUAUAAAAAUAUUUUAUAUUACAUUUUUAAAUGCGUUUUUAUAUUUAAAAAUAAAUAAAGUAUAGUAACAAAUAA